AUGGAGGUGGGGGCAACGAGGGACCCCCAUGGGGUCUGGGGAGACACCUCAGCAGGGACCUACGUCAUCCCACACAGGCUCCGACCGGAGCGAUCUCCCCAUGGUGCUGUCCCGGUGCCCCAGCAGCCGGUGAUGAUUCUCCAGCAGCUUCCCGGGACCGUGGCUGCCCUGGCCCCCGCCGCCGGACCCCCGCGCGUCCGGGAAGAUUUAAUCGAGUUGAUGAUGAUUCAAAACUCCCAAAUGCACCAGGUGGUGAUGAACAGCCUGGCUGUAUCGGCACUGACGUCCUUUGGGUUCGGGCCAUCCCCAGCUGCUGCCCAGGCGAUGGCGGUGCCUUUGCAGACUGGAGAGGAAGAGGAGGCUGUGGUUUUCCACCAUCACUACAUCCCCUACCCUGGUCCUACUCCUGUCCUGGCGUGGCCGGUCCCGGCACAGGAUCGGGGACCAGCAGCGGUGCGGUACCUGGGCACUGGCUCAUUAGCCGAGGACACGGAGGUGUAAUGCCCCCCCCCUCCACCACCCAGCGCCACGGGGACCGUAGGAGCCAAUGUCCCACCGGCAUCGGAGUACUACGAUGUGGUGGAGAAGGGACUGUGAGCUCCAUGCUUCCCAAGAUGGUUUCUCCUGCAUGUCCCAGCGCUUGACCCCAGAAGAUCCUGCAGGUGCUGAGCACGGGUGCUCCAUGAUACCCAUAGUUUCGGGGUGGCUCGCGGAGUGCAUUUUGCUGGGCACGUUCGCUUCC